AGAAGGAGCAGCUGCCAGAAGAACAGAAGCUCACCGGAGAAAAAAAGACCCUGACAAAAAUCUGUUUUGAGCUGUUCGACUGUAUUGAGAGAGACGAGGAAAGGCUGUAAAAUGGACAGCGAAGAAAAGACCUAUGGUGGCUGUGAAGGGCCAGAUGCCAUGUAUGUGAAACUGAUCUCCUCAGAUGGCCAUGAGUUUAUCGUGAAGCGAGAACAUGCUCUGACAUCUGGAACAAUUAAAGCUAUGCUUAGUGGUCCUGGCCAGUUUGCUGAGAACGAAACAAAUGAAGUCAACUUUCGAGAGAUCCCAUCUCACGUUCUUUCCAAAGUGUGCAUGUACUUUACUUACAAAGUUCGCUAUACCAAUAGUUCAACAGAAAUCCCAGAAUUUCCUAUUGCUCCAGAGAUUGCGCUGGAGCUUUUGAUGGCUGCAAACUUCUUAGAUUGUUAAACAUUAAAAAAGCACACAUAUACACAUCUGGCUGCAGAAUAAAUAUGAAAAGCAAAAUAUCAUUGUUUUUUAUUGCUUUUAAAUAUUAUUAGGUUUGAAAACCAAAUUGUUCUAUUUAAUCUGCAUUUCUUUCACCGUUCCUUAAAAUUAGUGGAUAUCUUAAGUUAUUUUUGUCUUACUUUUUAUCUUUUAAAGCUCUGACCCAGUAUUAACUUGCAUAAAUUUAGAUGCACGAGUGAUGUUUUCCAAUUUCAAUGUUUUCAUGACCAGAGUCAACAGGGCAGCAAUGUUAUUUUAUGAUGUAACAAUUUCAGCCGAAAUAGAUUUGUCAUGCCUUUUCUGCAUGUGGAUUGAUCAGACAAGAGUCUUGUAAUUGUCCACAGCAGUCAUUCAUCAGUUGUUUAAUGAAUAAAAUUAGCUGUUCUUGAAAA